CGUCGCGAAAUCAACAACAAACGCAACGUAGACGUCGCUCACCAAACACCAUGUCUCGCCAAAGCAUGGCGCCACAGCGCAAUCUGUCGCUCACCGAAGAACUGGAGAAGCUGGAGCAGUCCAUCACGCUGACGCUGCAAGAAAUCGACCACAACUUCAGCCGCGCGCACCGCAUCGUGACGACGGGCAUCCUGCCGAUUGUCGAACAGUAUGGAAAGCACUCUGAAGCUGUGUGGGAGGGCUCCAAGUUCUGGAAGCAGUUCUUCGAAGCCAGCGCGAACGUCUCGCUGUCUGGCUACGAGGCGCCUGACCAGGACGAGUCCGUCGCGCAAGAGGACACGCAGCAGUCUGAGACGUACGAUGAGACGGAAGAAGCAGACGACGAGGAAGGCACAUCGGCGACACCGCAAAGAGCUCCCUCUUCACAAGCCGAUCUAGACGACACUAUGACACUCGACUCGCCCUCCCUCGGGCACAGCACACCGGGAGGCCCGCCGUCGGGCAGAAAGGGCAAAAACCUCCUGGACGAAGACAGCGAAGAAGAGGAGGAACCUCAGUUCGCCGGGCUAUCUUCUCCCUACGAAACACUGAAGCAAGAAUACGACGGCGCCUUGGACGUCUCAAAGACACCAAGGCUUGACCCCGUCACACCGGGGAAGAACCAAGCACUUCCAGACAUGAGUGGCUUCGACUCGUCGCCCUUCCACCAGCCUACUACAGGCAAGAAAUCACACCUGAACCAGGAUCCCCUCCUGCAUCGCGUUCUGGACAAGACAUACCGUGUCCAAGCAACACCCCUUAUCAGCCCGAGAAAGUACAAGCCCACUGGCGCCUUCACGCCCAGCACAUCACGCUAUGGCGCUCCCACGCCUCGUGGAGCCACUGCAAACCUUCCCGACUGGGCGGUGGAUUCGUCGCCGCCCUCAUCACCUGCACCGCAACUUCGCGCUGAUAUCUUCUCGCCCGUCAAAGCGCCGCGAACACCAGGGAUUAGCGUGCAGACGCCGGCGAAGGGCAGGGCGCCUUUGAGUGUGAACAGAACGGGAGGGGUGUUUGACGACAGCGAAGAAGACGAGGAGUAUGAGUUGGAGAUCAGCCCGCCGAAGACGAUUCAGUUUCAUAUUCCGCAGAGCAAGUUGUUGCAGACGCCUGCUCGUGAGGCCAGUAAGCGCAUUGUGGACGACUUGCUGAUGACAGCUGGGAAGGACUUCACGGAUACGACAGAUGGGAUGGAAGAUGAUAGCCCGAGCGUGGUCCGACGCCAGGUCGACCUGGAUGACAGCUUUUGAAGUAGGGGUGGACAUGGAUGUAUUUAUGAUGCGAGGAUGUGAGGUACUUAGAUAAGUUCAUUUAUCGAUCCACAGACCUAGAUACCCGGA